GAUCUGCUGGAGUUGUUUCAAACCACUGACCUGGUUCUUCUCCUAAUGUGAACUUUAACAAACAUUCAGAGAAGUUCUUCCACAUAAUAUCCCCAAUGAACUGGUAGAUUUACGAUAUGUUUCACUCAGAGGCAUCCAUGGUGCGAUAUCGUGUUUGCUUGAUAUUUUUUAUGGUCAGUUUGGAAGGUAACUGGAGCUUUUGUGAGCCAGAUGAGCAUGAGGUGGAUUGAGCAACAACAAGAGGUUCAGCUGAGGUGUAAACAGAACAGUUGGUUGUCUUUAAAUCACUGUGCAGGAUGUGUGGUAUUGUCUGCAAGCUGCAGAUAUCCAACAAGCUCAACUCUCGGCUACAAAGAGUCAUAGUUUAGCUUGUAAAAAGCGUGAUAUCACUAAGGUUAAGUCCAUGUUUUACACAGUCAAUGAACAAAACUUGUUGGAGUUUGUGGAAGUGCAGCACCUGCUCCAAACUCAUGACCUCCCCUGACGUGCCCUUGAGCAAGACAAAAAAAACCUGCUGCAGGCCUGACGGUGCAUUCAAAAGCCCAUAAUUCUAUAAUGUUAAGAAAGCCAGAACAAUAUUUAAUAUGUCUAAUGAUCUGUAUGUCAUGUGCAGUGUGCCUAAAAAUACACAUGUACUUUUUGUAGCAUGCAAGACAGCAUGCUUUUUUGCAGUUCUGACCUAAAAUCCUCUCUAGUCAAAGAUAUGUUACAUUUACCGAGGUGAGGAGAGGAGAGAGAGCAGACAGAUCAGCAAUGUUGUGAGAAAGAAGUAUGACUUCUGCAUGAAAACUACAUAUUUCUUAAGUACAGCUGCAGCACAGACUAUAUAGCAAAUAAGGUUUGCAGUAUUUGUGUGCAGCACUUUGUGUUGUCUUUGCUGGACAGGGUAGUUCAUGAUCACUUGUUUCUUCACAGGCUUUUUAGAUUACUCUUCACUUCUAUUUAAUCAUGUAGUUUUGUUCCUUCCUUUCUUCUGUGAUUCUCUUCUGCAAUGACACCUCCUGUUCUCAAUUCAAGAGUAUUUUUGCCAUGUCACUUUGUGACUUCCAAAGAGGCGGGGGCUGCUGUGGAGCAGCUGAGGGGGAGGAGCUUGUAGUCACACACACGAGAAGUGAUUUUGCAACCUGUUGCAAAGCUCAGAUUGCAUGUCGACCAAAGAACAACCUGACCUGAUUCCUCUGUGGGCCUGCAGCACAGAGUCAGGGACAGAAAGCUAAAGUCAGCUAUACACUGAACUAAAGUUAACCAUCCAUCUGUGUACUGUCAUGGCCGAGAGAGCUGGUCAGACUGAUCAUGAAGAAGAAGAGGAGCAGGGAGAAGAUGCAAGCAUGCCUGAUGAUCCACAUGAAGACGUGGAUCAGCAGCAUCAGACCCAGCCUGAAGAGGAGUCUGAGUGUCCGGGCUGUCAGUCUGUGGGCGUGCUGACGCUGCCCUGUGGACACAAACUGUGUCACAUGUGUAUCCAGGUGAGUCAGGAGGAGCUGGGUCAGACCGGCUGCACCAUCUGCUACGGAGCCGAGCUGAUGGACUCAGUCCUCCACUCCCUCCUGGAGACCCUGUUCCAUGGGCAGCCCAGGAGACGCAGGCUCCCACCUGGAGCCGCAGAGGAGGGUGUGAUGGCGACAGGGGAUGGAGGGAAAGCUUGGGCCGUGGACAGAGAGGAGGUGUGUGUGCAGCAUGGAGAAAUGUUCAGUGUGUUCUGUCUGGAGGAAGAGGAGCCGAUCUGCCCGCACUGUGAGACGGACGAGAGGCAUGAAGAUCACCAGAGCUGCUCUGUACAGGACGCUGUCCUCGACUGUAAGAAAGAGCUGAGAUCUGCUGUCAGAAACCUCCAGGAGCAGUUAGAGAGUUUGACCUCCAUCAGACGAACCUGGGACGAAACUUCUGCUCACAUCAAGAGACAAUCGGUCCAAACGGCUCAGCUCUUGAGGGAGGAGUUUGAGAAGAUGCAUCAGUUCCUCAACGAGGAGGAGGCCGCUCUGAUGUCUCAGCUGAAACAAGAAGAGGAGGAGAAGAGUCAGAGGAUGAAAGAAAAGAUCGACAGGAUCAACGAUGAUGUGGAAACGCUCACAAACAGUAUCAGAGACACGGAAGAGGCCAUGGGCUUGGAGGACUUCGUCUUUCUGAAGAACUACAAGAGGGCCUUUGAAAGAGCUCAGCACAAAGUGGAGGAGCCUGAAGAAGAAUCUGGAGCCCUGCUUGAUGUGGCCAAACUCCAGAGCUGUGUGCAGCACCAAGUCUGGGACAAGAUGCAGAAGAUCAUCCAGUACUUUCCAGUGACCGUGGACCCGAACACAGGCUCCGUGUGUCUAGGUGUGUCUCCUGACCUGUCCAGUGUGUUUGUGUGUGAGAAGCAGCCUCUCCCAGAAAACCCAGAGAGGUUUGUGAGUCCACAGAGCAUCCUGGGCUCGGAGGGCUUCAUCUCAGGGAGGCACAUCUGGGAGGUGGAGGUGGGAGACAACAGUCACUGGUUUCUGGGUGUAGCCAGUGAGACGGUCCACAGAAAAGACUGGUCCUCCUCUGAUCUUAACCCCAGUCCUGCCGUAGACUCAGACACAGACUCCGGUGGCGGCCUGUGGACUGUUUCCCUCUCCUCUGGGGAGUACCGGGCCUCUCCUGGCCGCAGCGCCCCCAUCACACUGAGGCGUAAGCCACGCAGAGUUAGGAUUCAGCUGGACUGGGAGAGAGGGUGUCUGACCUUCUCUGAUGCCAGUGAUAACACCCUGAUCCAUCGUUUUAAGCAGCAGUGGAGCGAUACGCUGAGACCAUACUUCUGCACCACCUGCUCCAAACACCCUCUGAAGAUCACAGCAGGGAAGGUGACCGUUACUGUAGAGUAGCAUCACACAGCCACACCCUUAGAAGAAGGAUGGCUGUAUAAUAAUCUGACACUUGCUCAAUACACUAUGGGCCUGAGUAACAAAAGGAUUGCAGAGCUUUUGCACCAGCUAAACCUGUGCACACGGUUAAAAAAAUACAGUGUCUAGGCUUUCAUGAUACCCAUAACUGCACUGCAUGACAAACAUCAUCUCUGAUGAGGCAUUUUUGUGCAGACAUUUGAGGAAAGAUUCUAUGCAAAUCUGCCUCAUUGCAAAAAUCAGCUAACUCCUUCUCACUCUGUUUGAUGCAUCAUUUUCUCCGAUGUCUAUCAAGAAUAACCAUCCAUCAGAUUGUUUGGGAACCAGGAGAGCAGGUGUUUAAGUUUUGCUAAAAUUCAUUAAAGAGGACAUAUUAUCCCCCUUUUCCACCUUUUCAAACAGUCCCCCUGUGGUCUAAAUGAAACAUCUGUGCUGUGCUUUGGUCUAAAUAUAACAUGAAUCAAGCACCAGAGGAGGUUUGUGACCCUGUAUAAACCAGCUCUCUCAGAACGCUCCAUUUUGGU